GAUUUAACAUUUUCUUCCAUUAUGAACUUCUCAUUUUAUUUUUAUUCAUUCGUAGAAACUGAUAUGGUUGUCUUAUGAAGAAUGUUGCUUUUUUUCUGCAUUCUACCUCCCACUACAGAUAAGCUUAUCGAAAAGCAAAUUUUAAACCUAAUGAAUAGGUAGCUAAUUAGUCAUAAUUCAUAUGUGGUCAAAAGCAACACAAAACAAAAUAUUAAAGAGCAUAGAUCAUUCAAGAUAAGCUUCCGUAUUAUGUUAACGCAGCAGGCAACCCUGUAGCCGCGCCUAUCGAUGAUUAAUGAGAAACGUCAUCAUCAGAAUCAUAAGAACAAUGACAGAAAUAAGAUAUACGUCACUUCCGCUAACGAGUCAUUAUAUUUAUAAAAACCUGCCACGUUUAUUAUAAGAGUUACAGUUGUCAAGCUCAGUUCCAUUCGGUUUGUUGAAUAAGCAUAAAUUGUUAAAUCAGAUAAUUAAUAACUACUUUCAAUUACCUACAGUUAGGACGAAUAGUUGCGACUAUAGCUAGAAAGGUAGUGCGAACAUUUUGGCAAUAUUUAUCGUUCAUCUAACAAACAGGUAACCAAUGUUCUUAUGAUCACACGUGGUUUUAUAAUUGAUUCAUGAAAUUAUCUAGCUAGGGCAAACACCGUGUUCCUCGAUCGAUAACCACUAAUACCGCGAAGCGAAAUAAUUCUGCACUAAAUUAUUUGAAGCGAAUAAAAUUCGAUCUGCAAAAUUUAGUGCUGCAAGUUCUUUGCCUCAACAAACUUCAAAGAAUUUAAACGAGAUGGUCCCGAUGAAUAACUUCGAUCAGGGAAAUAGUGCCCCGGCUGCUGAGGAGCGUAUAGAUGAAACGAAUAAUCAAAACUGCCAAGCUUGUGACCACAAUGACACAUUUGACGAUAUGGUUCAAUGUGAUCGUUGCCUAACCUGGUGGCACUUCCACUGCGUGGGAGUUAACGCGUCGAUUUCUAGUCAAAACUGGAUUUGCCGGAUCUGCAUCGACUCUACUAACAGUCAUCGAUCAGUGUCAAGCUCUGGCUCUGCACUUCAGCGCCUGAGGGAACGACAAGAGCUCGAACGCCAGCGUGUUGACAUUGAAUUACGACAAAAAUUCCUCGACGAACAGUACGCACUUAUUAACGCCGAGGAAUUCCAGAGCUUCCAAAGUAGACCCAGUGCGAGUGCCAGUAUUAUCGCUGCUGAUAAACGUACGAAAGAGUGGGUCGAAAGUAUCCACAGCGACGAAGGGAAUAGCGGGAAAGAACCUGCUUCUUCAACAACGUUGUCUAACGAGCCACUACAUAUAGCUACCAGCAAGGAACUGACGGAACUUAACCACCGGCUCGAGCAGUAUCAAGGGAAGGCGAUAACUGAAAAUCGGCUCGUCGAGUUUCAACAACAACUGCAGCAAUGCCAAGAAAUGCUGGCUGCUCUUUCUUCGAUGGAACACGACGCCGAAUCAACGCGAAUGAUUCUUACGGGAAAACAUUGUGCAAAGCUAACCGGUGCUACUCCCAAGACGGUCAACGUUGGAAAUACAGUAGCCAAACAACCUACGGACGCGAACGAAUUCGCGAAGAGGAAAGCGGCUCCAGCUGCACAAAUCGGCGUGGAAAGUACGGUUCCCCCAUUUAAUUGUCAAGCCUAUCCAACAAUGAAACAAUUGGCCCAAAAUAAUCGCCCCACAAUCAAUAAUAUCUAUGAAUCUGGGCAGCUGCGUCAAGAACCCGCGCGCCCACCAUACCCAAAUGUUAUGCGUAAUACAAGGAUGAGUAAUCAGUCUCGGCAGCCACAGGCUGUUCACUGCUCGACGACCUUACCCGAUCCCUCGUGGUCUCGCUAUGCUCAACCAACCAAUCAGCCCAUAUGUCAUUCACAAUUUCCCCAGUCAACUUCCCGUGUCAGAAUUCGUUCGAAUCAACUUAAUCAGCACGGAAAUGCUACGUCGAGUGACUUUAUGAACGCAGUGCAAUUAACGCCCCAACAAUUGGCGGCCCGCCAAUCGUUUGCACGUGAGUUGCCACCUUUCACAGGCGAUCCUGCAGAGUGGCCUAUCUUCAUCGGAAAUUUUGAAUACACGACUGCCGUGUGCGGAUAUACUAAUGGAGAGAAUAUGCUCAGGUUACAGCGAAGCCUGAAAGGAUACGCCCUGGAAACAGUGAGAAGCCGUUUAGUCAUCCCUGCGGCUGUUCCACAAGUUAUUGAAGCGCUUCGCGCUAAGUUCGGGCGACCCGAUUUUCUUAUUAACUCUCUCUUACAAAAGGUGCGCGCCAUACCGGUCCAAAAAUCCGUCAAGUUAGAAGGUCUCAUCGAGUUCGGGGAGGCUGUUCAGGAGUUAUGUGAUCACAUCGAAGCCGCCAAUGAACAUGCCCACCUCUACAAUCCUCAACUUAUCCAAGAACUUAUUGAAAAGCUGCCGGAUGAUCAAAAAAUGAAGUGGGCUGAGUAUCGCCGACAAUUUAAAGACAUUGAUCUACGAAUUUUUGGGGAUUACAUGGCAAUAAUUGCUCGAGACGCCUCAAGUGUAGUCAGCUUUAAACCAUAUCCCAGAAGCGCAAAUCGAGAGAAACCUAAUUCAAAGGGAUUCGUAAAUUCACACACUGAGCUAGUUGAAGAUUACGAUCCUUCAGACUUACAAGAUCAACAAAAGCUGAAAACUGUUACUUGCAUGUUCUGCAACAAGAUCGGCCACAAAUUGAAGGAGUGCUACAAAUUCAAAGGUUUAUCAGUUGAAGAAAGGUGGACACAGGUCCGCUUACUUAAUGUGUGUUUUUGCUGCUUGAGCAGUCAUGGAAGACGCGCAUGCAGAAGCGGAAUAAGGUGCAACAUCCAAGGCUGUGAUUAUCGGCAUCAUCCUCUCCUACAUUCCAGUAACGAUAACCAGAAAAAUACAAGGCAAGUGGCAGAGAUACACACACACCGAGUUCUCAAUUCUGCAACAAUCUUUCGAGUUAUCCCGGUAACUCUUCACGGCCCAAGCGGCUCAGUAGAAACGUACGCCUUUUUAGAUGAAGGCUCUGAUUUGACGCUAAUUGAAAACGAUAUUGUAGAGCAAUUAGGACUCAAAGGUAGCUUACACCCUCUUUGCCUCCGCUGGACGGCCAAUACUAUUCGAACUGAAAAGAAAUCUCGAAUAGUCAAUCUUGAAAUUUCCGAUGUGGGACUAAAAAAGCGAUUUACUAUAGUAAAUGCCAGAACCGUUAACUGUCUAAAUCUUCCAACGCAAAACUUUAACGCAGAACAUGCAGCCGCACAGAACGAGCACCUACGAGGUAUUCCAAUUAGAAGCUACACCAACGCCAAACCAAGCCUGCUGAUAGGAAUCGACAAUCUGCGUUUAGCUGUCCCCCUAAAGGUCAGAGAAGGAAUGGAAUCCAGCAUUACUGCGGUGAAAACUAGAUUGGGCUGGUGCGUUUAUGGGACGUCUUCACACGAAGCCAACGUCUCUCAUAGUUUCACGUCUGCGAAAGUACCACAGACUAUAAACUUCACGAAUUAG